AUGCUUCGUCUUGUCGGUUGCCGCCUAGGCGGCCGUGUGAGGCGACGCUCUUCAAGUGUCAUCAUUGACGCCGCCGUUAACGCCGUCCUGGCGGAGCUGAGGGCCAAAGCAGCGGAUGCGAAAAAGCUGAAGCGGGCCGCUGCAUCGAAGGCCCCAGCAGCGGUGAAAGCAUCCGCGAAGCGCGCUGGGACACUCGAGCCACCACCGGCGGGCGCCCCACCACCUCCUGCGACUACGGCAGCGCCUGCAAGACCAAAGGCACGAAACGCCAGCAAGAAUCUCGUUGACACUAUCCUCUCAGGUGUGAACUGCACGCUGCUGAAGCACGUCCUCUCCUCCUCCUCGUCGUCUUCGACGUCGACCGACAUCCCUGACGUGGGACGGGUGUUGCGCCUAGACUACACCACCAUCGCCAGAAAGCACCAACUGGGGCACCUCGCAGACAUCCUGCUGCUCAACCGCAUCCACGCCGCCGUCGUCAACGACACACAUGAGCGCACAGCCGACGGCAAAAACGAUGCCGCAGUUGACACGUCGUCGCCGCUGGUGGUGCUCGUGGAGACAACCCUCCCUCGCGAAGAUGCCGAAGUGCAGGAGUUCAUCAUCCGCAAUGCCCUGAGCAUGCACCCACUCCCGCCGGAGGUGACAACCGAAGACGGGCAGUCUAUCCACACCCCACCCUUGACAGUCCUGGUUCUCGGCGACGAGCAGACAAAACGCGUGCGCACACUGGCGGAGCUGCCGCCCGUGCCGCCUCGCGUGCCAGCGGCAGCCCCCCUCCCCACUGCUCCUUCGACCAACUCCCAUGGUGGUGCCCAGGCUGUCAGCGCCGCGCCGGCCUCCGACUGUUCAGCUGCUGCAGGGACGGCUCCGUCGAAAACAGGCGAUAACCCCCCUCGAUGCAACCCCAGUGGAGCGCCGGAGCAAGGCGUCCCGCAGCGCGAGGGGAACCCAAAAAAGGCGAACAGUUCGACGCCGCCGAAGCCCGACGCGGACAAAACGGCAACGGCGGCGAAUGCCGUGUUGCCCUCUACGGCCUCUCCGUCUUCGCCAGUCGCCGCCGCUGCCGCUGCCGCUGCAAAGCCGGUACCCACGUUAGCAGCCACCGCUGGAGUCGGAAGCACCGCACCGCCGGCAAAGAUGGCAGCUUCAGAGGUGAACACAAAGCGGGUGGAGCGAGUGGCACGCCGUGUAGCACGCCUCUCUCUCAAGGCGCUCGCCGCUCAGAAGAAGCGUAGACCGGCGACGCCGUCUCAGGCGCGCCUGGUCGCUUCCAUUGCGGCCACUGUUUCGGGGAAGCGUGCCGCCGUAGCGCGGCCGCCACGCCUGCUGUCCGUGGACAGCUUGAAGGAAAAGUUGCUGUGGACAUCUGAGCCUGGUCGACCGCUGCCCAUUCGAAUACUAGAGCCGUUGGUCAGCCCGGCUGUGUACGAGGAAAUGCGCACUGCUGCCGCGGCGGAUGCCUCGGCCUCGUCCUCUACCCCACCGCUCACAAUGCACAUGGUGGUCUACGGUGUCAGCAAGGAGAGCAGUGCCUCGACGGUGUGGCUUGGUGCCCUGCAAGCUGCCGCCGACCUCACCAGCGCCAUGUCAGGCGGUGCUUCACAGCUGCCGGCAGAGGUGGCGGAGCUGGCCGGUCUCAAUCCUGCGCGCGUCAGGCGCGUCUCGGAGCGCAAGAGCUCGCAAAAGGCCCGUUUCACGAAGGCAGCAGCGGCCUCCUCGGUCGCCGACGAUGGUGUCACUAGCACCGCCACCACGGCGGCGCCAAUGUCACCAAAACCGUAUGUUUACAUACUCAUUCAUACGCGCCUAUCCAGAGAAGACGCCGCUGUCCUACAGCAGGAACUGCAGUACCAACUGGCGCAGCUCAAGGCGACGCCGGCGGGUGCGGAAGUGGCGGGUAUGUCAGUGCUAACGGCAGACGACGUGUCCCCGGCACAUCUGUCCUAUGUGCUGGAGCACUCGAUGGUUGAAGGUGGCGGCAACAACGUGAAGAUGAGUGCUAUGCGCCGCGGCAGCAAGUCCGUGAUGGUACCACCCGCGGCGGCGACGCUCUCUGCCGAAGCCGCCGAGGUGAGUAACACCUUUCAAGAGGUGUACCGUAUGCUGUCGGAUCAGCCGUGGCUUCUGUGCUCCUCAUUGCAGUGGGAGACGCCAUCCUCCUCUUCUCCGCGACCGCCGCAUCCGGACACGCUCGUCAGUGACGCGAUCCGUAUCGCAGCCCUCACGCAGGUUUUCGUGCAGCGCAAGGAGGCGCUGCUGCGCCAGCACUUUGAGGCGGCGCAGCAGUCGAGUGCAAUGAACGCAGACAGCGAGGCCGUCGCCCGGGCAGCGCAGCGCGUUGAGAUGAAGACAAUGGUGACGGAGGCGGUCGAGGAGGUGUCGGUACGCCAUGAGCAGGCAACCGCCCACCUCGUCAAGACGCUGUCCAGCAUAGUAGGACAGUGGUCGCUGGAGAAGCUAUCGGACACGCUGGAGGCGAUCGUGCGAGACGAGGUGAAGCCAAUCAUGGAUGUGCUUGAGGAACGCCUCGCUAGCACGCCGGGGCGCAACGCUGAAGCGGCAAACGUCGAGGCCACACCAAUCGCCGCAGCACCGGCACUGAUGGCGACGCCUGCAUCGAUGUCCCCGACUGACAGCGCCGACUUCGCGUCCUCUGUGCUCCUUGAGAGGCAAGACGAGAUAAAGGGCACUAUGUCGCAGGUCUUGGCGCAGCUACGCGAGCUGAGUGAGCGCACGCCAGCGCUGGCGGCGGCCGCUGCGCAGACUGACAGCUUGGUAGACUCCGCAGUGGCCCACCCGCCAGAGACUGCAGCCGCUCUACCGAAGAGUGAGGAAGAGGUGCGCCUCCUGAGAGACCUUCAUGAGCUGCAGGAGCAGCACCAUUCGAAGCUCCGUGAGGCACUAGAGAGCCUGCGGAGCGACGUUCGCACCUUUGCAGCCCAAGAGCGCGAGGCGGCCGAGGCGCGGGCGACGGCCCCUGUGGCAGCGUACGCGACCACCCUCUCGCGAGAGUCGCUGGAUAGCGCCGUCGCCGACACUGUGCACGAGAUUACGCACGCAAUCCGGCAAGACAUUCAUGCGAGCGUUGUGAAGCAGCUGGACGCCUACUGCGACGUCUAUCGAAGCACCCAAAGUAGCUCACGCGAGGAGCGGCGUGGCGAGGAGCCGUCGACGCCGGUGCUGCCGGUUACGUCGUUCGAGUUGGAGGAGAUGCUGACCCGUGUCGUUGACCACACCGUGCGGACGUCGACGGGCAAGAUAGAGAGCCACGUGCGGGCAGCCAUGGAAAAAGUUUACCGAAACGAGCGGGCAACCGAUCCCGCCUCCUUGACUGCGGCUGCGUCCACGACCAGUGCGGCAGAAUCGGACGAAGCGCUGAAGACUGCGCUCGAGGGCCUGUGGACCCAGGUGCGCGCGGAGGCGGCGGAGGAAGAGGCAGUGAAGGUGUCGCAGCACAAUCGCCAGCUUCUGCGCCUCUUCCGUCGCCAGCAGCACCUGCAGAGGAGCGCGCCUGGCCGUCAGCCAGCGGCUGCACCGGCGUCGGCCUCAUUGCCAGCGUCCCCCUUGUCAUAUGUGGCGCUCGAGGAGGCCAUGCGCGUGGUCAUGCACCCGUACAUGGCGCAGAUGCAGGCCACCGUAGCCGCAGCAGCAGCCGCAGCCGGCCCUCCUCGCACCUCUCUGGAGACGUCGUCAUCGAUUGCAUCGGCUGGCGAUGGUGCCAAGUAG